UUAGGUGUUAACUGGUUUACAUUUGGCUUUUCUGUAUGUAAAUUCCAUUUCCUUUAGGCGAUGUCUUACAGUUCAGUCACAGACAUUUUCUGCCCCCAGUUUCUGCCCAUUUGUUCAUUUGUUUGUUACAUAUUUGCUUUAAAGUUUUCUAUCCUAGUUUUCUAUCUUAACGCUUUGAUGUCUUCCUUGGUCUAUCAGUAUGCUUUCCUUUUACAACCUUCCCAUUUGAUUUGUACUUGUUCCAGAUUUUAGACACAGCUGACUGGGAACAACCAACAUCUUUUGCAACAUUCCAUGAUGAUUUACCUUCUUGAAGAAGUUUUAUAAUCCUCUCCUUUGUUUCAACUGACAUCUCUCGUGUUGGAGCCAU